AUGGCGUAUGCCGCGACAACGAGGCAGCAACCCGGUUUGGCGUGCGAGGAAUGCCGCAGGAGAAAGGCUCGAUGCGACCGCGUACGUCCACAGUGCGGCAUUUGCGCCGAGGCGGGACACAAGUGCGUCGUCGUCGAGAAAAGAUCGCAGCGAGGUCCCAAAAAGGGGCAGCUAAAGGAUUUGCGAUCACGAGUGGCCGUCUUGGAGCGGCGUCUUGUCAGCCAAGCCCAGGCCGCAUCUGAGGCUGAUGUUCCCCCUCUAGGCCGCAACGAUGUGACGCCCGAAAGAGACAUUUUGGACGAGCCAGUAUGCUUUUCCAGCGCCGGAACGGACAUUGGCGUCGACGCCCUGCGCAUGCUUGAAUUCUCCUGCAACGAGCAAUUAUCAGGAACGCCGGAAAUCCCGUUGAUACAUGACACGUGUGGAAUCUACAAGGACCCUUGGAACGGCUGCAACGGCGGCCUAGCAUCACCUUAUCCGCUUCUGUUCACCACGAACAGCAUGCAGCCGUCGCCUUUAAAUACACACUCACCACAGGCAAUUGGAGACGGAGAGUUGGACAUGUCGGAUUUGGUGCAAGCCGAACUCGAUUUGCUGUACUUUGAGAGGGUGCACCACUUCGCCCCCAUGAUCCACAAGCGGCGGUAUCUUGCAUGGGCAGGGGACGAGAAGCCCUCGCCCGCAAAGGCCUGCUUGCGCCUGGCGAUGCGGACUGUUUCCGCAUCCAUGUCUGCCCAGCUUGGCAGCUUGAGCGACGUGCUGUACGCCACGACACGCCGGCUCUUGGAGACGCUGGAUGCUCGCGGCGAGAGCGGCAGCUUGCCCUGGAUCACCAUCCUCGACAGCCAGCAGGAGCAGGUGGAGCUUGAGCGCAUCCAGGCCUGGCUCUUGCUGGCGUAUUAUGAGAUCCUCCGCAAGACGGAGCACCAGGCCCUGCUGACGGCCGAACGGGCCUUUCGGCUCCUGCAGCUUUCCGGCCUCUUCAACGUGGAUGCCCGCGGUAUCGACAGCAGCACAGCCAGCACCUGCUCGCCUUCAUCGUCUCCGUCAAGGGCAUUCUCAUCCGCACCAUCUCCGGCAGCCGCAUCACCCGAAGACAGCUGGAUAGAGGUGGAGGAAAAGAGGCGUACCCUGUGGACCGCCUUCGUGCUGGAUCGCCUGUCUACCAUGCUGAACAAUCAGCCGUUGAGGCUUCACGAGGAAAUAAUCCGGACUCGCCUUCCAAUGCCAGAGGCAGAGUUCCAAGACGGCCACCAGCCUGCCUGCAUGAAUUUUUUGCAUCAAGUCAUGGGAAACGGCGACGCGUGCGCCACGUUGCCGCCAUUCGCAGAAUGUGUCGUCCUGACCAAUCUCUUUAGCAGAUGUGUUGCCCAUCGCCGUCUGACGCAAUCCGUUCCUCUGUGCGCAUCCGACUCGGAGUCUCGUGAUUUUUGGGCUCGGCAUGGAUGGCUUGCGACCACGGCGGCUUCUGCAACCACACGGCAACUCCGCGCGCGGGGUGCCCCUGCCUCUGACUGCUGGGGCUCCUUCUCCCCGAAAUGCGACCUGACGAUUUGGUUUAACCUUUUGCUGGGCUAUAGCGCGUCGGUGUCGCUUAGCGAAACGGCCGAGACUAAUCCGUGGCUGACGCUGGAGGACCACCUCACGGUCGUGUCGUAUAGACAGAUCGCUUACGAGGCUGCAUGUGAGGUGGCUGUUCUCGUCAAGACGGCGCCUCGAAUGGCUUUUCUCAAGGUGCAUCCGUUUCUUCCCAACGUCAUUUCGAUGGUGGCCAACUUUGCAAUCACGGCGAUGCCGAGUCUUCUCGCUUCAGAGGAAGAACAACACGACCAUGUGCAGAAUUUGGUGGAGGCCCUGCGGCAUCUCGGCGCCAUGAACAAUUUGGCUCGAGAAUCCCUGUUCAAACUAGAAGCAGAAAUAACUAGUGGCAACUUGACGGCAGAUGGCUCUUGA